AUGGCAUCCACACAGUGUUUCCUCUGCAAAAUUAGGCAUCUUGUCUCCCGUGUUAGUGUUGGAAGAUAUUCAGACAUUAAAAAAUCAGUGUUCCUUUCGCAAUCCAAAGAUAUCUUCACAAACCUCGCUCUUGAAGACUGGUUGUAUAAGAACUUUGAUUUCAAAAACCAUCACAUUCUCAUUCUGUGGCAAAGUGAUCCCUGUGUUGUUAUCGGACGUCAUCAGAACCCUUGGCUUGAAGCAAAUUUGCCUGAGUUGCCUCACAUCACGAAGAAUGGGGUGAAGCUAGCAAGACGCAAUAGUGGUGGUGGUACAGUCUAUCAUGACCAUGGCAACCUGAAUCUUACAUUCUUCACAACAAAGGAGAGGUACAGUAGAAAAUAUAACCUAGAAGUUAUCGCUCGGGCGCUUUUCAGGAAGUAUAAUGCUACAGUGGAAAUCUCACCGAGGGAAGAUUUGAUGAUAAGAAAUUAUAAAAUUUCUGGUAGUGCUUCCAGACUAGGAAGGCCUAAUGCCUAUCAUCACUGUACCCUCCUCGUCAACUCAAAUAAACAAGAUUUGAGUCUAGCUCUCCAAAAGCAGAAUAUCGAGGUCAAUACAAAAGCUUCAAGAUCAGUGAUAUCCAAGAUAAUGAACCUAUGUGAAGAAGUUCCUGAUAUCGAUAUUACCAGUUUGAUAGAAGCAAUCGGCUGGGAAUAUUUGAGAACGCCAGCAUUAACAAUUACUGAUGGUGGAAUGGAGUUGGCCAAUCAACAAAAAGGAUUCCAAAUGACCAACCCCACGGAAUCUUUGUUUCCAGGGCUCGACAAUAUUCGAGAAGACUUCAUGAGCUGGAACUGGCUCUACGGCAGAACCCCAGACUUUGUUGUCACAAAAUCCUUCGAAGUUCCUACGCAUUUAACGAAUGGCAAACGCCAAAACAUGCUGGUGACGAUGACUGUAGAAAAAGGCAACAUCGCAGGUGUGAAACUGAAGCUUAUCCCUGAGGAACCUUGUGAUAAAGUUAAAGUAGCAACCACGCUUAUUGGACACCGGUUCUCAAUACAAGCACUGAGUAAGCUCAGUGAUUUACUCAACUUGGCUGAAAAUGGAAGGGAUAGAUUCGUCACUGAAUGUCUGGAGCAAGUGGUUAGUUCGUUUUGA